CUUUAGUCAACACCUGAUCCGUCCAUCCACGGAUCGCACCACCACACGAUUCGAUUUGCCCUGCGCGAAACCACAUUUCUUCGCAAUCGGGUAUCCGCUCUAUUUCCUUUCUUUCCUCACCGCCGUCAGUUCGUGGUUUGCCAUCCCAACGCGAUUCGAUCGCCGCGUCCGAUUCGAAUAACACACUUCACAUCUCAGCAUGACUGAGGUACAGCCCAGACCAGCCGCCCCGCGGGGCAGAGGCUCUGGUCGCGGCGGUCGAGGCGGCAACUUUGCGACUCGGGGAGGGGGUCGCGCCGCCGGUUCUCGGCCCGCUGCCACCAACGGCGACUCCAAGAACACACAAUCCUCUCUGCCCACGUUCGAGGAUGAGGGCGAGGUCGGCCAACUGAGGAAGGACUACGGCGACAAGGUCCAGAUCAUCAAAGAGAUGUUUCCUGAUUGGUCUGACGUCGACAUUUUGUUUGCUUUGCGCGAGACCGACGGGGACGAAAACCUGACUGUUACCCGGAUUGCUGAAGGCACGAUCUCGCAGUGGGGCCAGGUCUCCAAACCAAAGAAGGAGCGGAAGGGCAAAGCAGACACCUUCACGACUACAACCGGCGAACCCGCUGCUACGGGUACCUCACGAAAUGCCAGAGGCGGCCGCGGUGCCGACAGCGGUCGUGGCCGUGGCAGAGCCACUGAGAGAGGCGGUCGCGGCGCUGCUCGUGGCAAGUCCACCCCUGGAACAACGAAUGGGACGCGCAUGAAGGAAAACCAGCCUCUCUCGGUCCCGACUGCGGAGUCAACAGAAUGGAACGCUAAGCAAACUGAAGAGUCGGCUGUCUCAAGUGAGGCUGCCCUGACAGAGUCGCUUACCGCAACUGUGAAUGCCCCCAGUGCCACAAUCGAAACCCCCAAGCCGGCGACGAUUGCCGCGGGGGGUAAGACUACCUGGGCGAGCAUGUUGAGGCAAUCAGCCACCCCCAAGCCGGUUCAGAAGCCGAGGGAGCCCGCUACGAAAUCCUCCGAACCUGUUGUCCAACCUUCGUCCGCUGCAGAAGCAGUUAAUACUGGGCCUCAAUUCCCUACCUCCGGUGACGAGCCAGCUAUGGUCCCGACGAACGAGCCAGCCCCGGCUGCAGAUACUGCCGCUGUUACCCAGCCGAUCGCCCCGGCCAUUCCAGUCGUCCCUGCGGUGCCGGCUGUGCCGAACGUCGUCGUUCCCGAAGUCGCAUUGCAACCUUCGAAGGACCAACUUACCGAAAAGAACCUUGACCGGGUCACCGAUGUGUCCCACCCCCCCGAAACGGAGACCGCCGCAAGCGAAGCGGCCGAUUCUUGGGAUCCGCGUGGUGCGGCAGCUAGCGCAACAGCCACCCCUCUCUCGGCUUCGCAGCAGCAACACCUGGCUGCGCGGACCGGCGCUACGACAAAGCCGGCUGCUCGCACGCCGCUUCACCAUUCUCGGCGCAUGCUUGACCAGGCUGAGCCUGUCCGCAUGCCUGGUAGUCUUGAUCACGUUGAUCGCGCUUCAGUGCAAUUCGGGGCUUUCAGCCUGAAUGACGAUGAAGACGUCGACAAUGCCGAGGAACCGCCCGAGACUCGCCCUCAGCCUCCGGAGGAUUCGCCCGUUACCCACCCCAGGACGUCACUCCCUCCAGUACAGCCUACGACCGUUCCUGAUGCGUUUGCCGCUCAGACACCCGUCGCCACCCAGGUUCCCACAGGGCCUGCUGCUGCAGCUUCUGCACCGCCGAAUCAGACUACAUCGACUUCACAGGUAUCCGCACAACCUGUUGUCUCUGAAAGCAACCAGCCGUUUGGCCGUUUCGGCCAAUCCGCUCCUCAGGAGCAGUCUUCUUUCCCAACAACGAAGCCAUUUGAGCCGUUCGGCCAACAGCCUGCCGUCGCUUCGGCGGCACAGAACCAGUUCGAAGGCGGCUUCCAAGCCCAGGGACAAGCGGCGCAAGCACCUAACCAGCAGCAGCCCGGUGGUCCCUUCAGCUCCGCUUCCAACGAUCUCUCGUCCUACUAUACCGCGGACCAUCAGAACCGCUUCAACUACUACAACCAAAACUAUGGCCAGCAGCAAGGCGCGCAAGGCCAGGAUGCCCUGUCGUCGCAGCCGCAGCGCUCUUUCAGCGGCUAUAACGCGCCGCAGAACGAUAGCUUGGGUCAAUACCCACAGAGCGGUGCCCAGCAUGGACAGCCGCGUUUCGGCAGCAACGCCGGCACCGAGUCACAGGUCGGAGGCGCCCCUACCCCCACUCAGACCGCCAGUCAGGCCCCCAGCGGCCCCAGCACACAAGCUCAAGCGCACGGCCAACAGCCGCAUGAUUACCCGUACAGCGGGCAUCCCUACUACUCAAACCCUUACUAUUCGGCCUAUAUGGGUGGUUACCAGGGGUACAACCAAGGUGCUUAUGGCGCGCCGUAUGGCAAGGGUGGCCUAGGCUACCAGCCUAGCCAGUACGGUAUCACACCCCAGGGCCCGCAUAGCUACUCAUCCCCUGCCGGAGCGUUCGGCCAGUCCGCCCUGCAUCGGGAUAGCGGUGUAGGUGCUGGCCUGGGCGAUUACGGACGCGCUGGCUCAACUCAGUCGGCCCAGCAGGGUCUUGGCAGUGGUUUCGGUGGCGUGCAUGACACGUUCGGUCGUAGCGGCUCAGCUUACCAGUCGCAGGGCGGGCAGUCCUUCAAUGCUCCUGGCUCUCAGUCUGGUGCUGGCCCAUCUGCCGAUGAGCUGAAGCCCUUCGGUGAUUCUAAGGCCGCCGGCGGCCCGAGCCCCUCACUCGGUGCGGCUGCUCGACCCGGCUCAGCGGCAAAUAACGGCCCUGGGCAGGCCGGUCUCCCGCCUCCGCAGUCGAGCCAGCAGAGCGGUCUCGGCAUGGGCGCCUACGGCUACCCAAGUCAUAUGCAGGGCCACGGUCUCCACGGCAGCCAGUCUGGUGCCGGUGGGUACGGCAUGGGUGCAGGCGGCGCGCAGAGCCACCAGAACACUUAUGGGGCUGGCUAUGGCGCCCAGGGGUUUGGCGGUAGUUACUAUGCCAACGCGCCUCGGGGUGGGGCAACAACUAUCACUAGGAGGAUGGAAAAGAAGGGCCCCGCCCCGUAAAUCGGCCGCCGUGCUAAGUGGGGAGGUAUCUUGAAUUGGAGGAGGAAAGUGGGAAGAA